UCGCAGCGGAGGGGAGGCCUCCGUCACAUCGCAGCGGCGCGGCGACGCCGUCGGGCUCGGGACCCCGGCCCCGCGCUGUGCGGGGCGCCCGGCCGGCGGCGGGAGGGACGCGCGGGGGGCAGCGCUCGCGCCCCGGCGGUUGCCACGGGCUUGGCCGGCGCGGGCCCAGUUGCUAGGCCGUCCAUCUUGAGGCGGCUGGCGGGGCGCCCCGGAAGGGGUUGCGGAGCAGGGCAUUCACUUCCGGCCUGGGGCCUGCGGCGGCGGUGGUAGCUGCGGCGGCGGCGGCGGGUCGGUGUAGAAAAUGGCGCUGGCGCGGCUGCUCGGGCCUGUCCCCGCGGCGCUGCGCAGGGCUUGAGGCUCGCGGCCUCGCUCGCCCGCCCCACUCGCGCGUGCACUUUACACAUGAGAGAAUUGGAAGCUAACGCGACCAAAGACGUGGAGAGGAGUCUCAGCAGGGAUUUAGUGCAAGAAGAAGAACAGUUGAUGGAAGAAAAGAAAAAGAAAAAAGACGACAAGAAAAAGAAGGAAGCUGCUCAAAAGAAGGCCACUGAACAAAAAAUCAAAGUGCCAGAACAGAUAAAGCCCAGUGUAAGCCAGCCUCAGCCUGCCAACUCUAAUAACGGCACUUCCACAGCAACCAGCACUAAUAAUAAUGCCAAACGAGCCACAGCCAACAGUCAGCAGCAGCCGCAGCCGCCACAGCAGCAGCCGCAGCAGCCACAGCCACAGCAGCCGCAGCCACCACAGGCCUUGCCUCGGUAUCCUCGUGAAGUACCACCACGAUUCCGCCACCAGGAACAUAAGCAGCUUCUAAAGAGGGGUCAGCAUUUUCCUGUCAUAGCAGCAAACCUGGGAUCUGCUGUUAAAGUGUUAAGCAGCCAGUCAGAAAGCAGUGCUUUAACAAACCAACAGCCACAAAAUAACGGAGAGGUGCAGAGCAGCAAAACCCAGUCAGAUACUAACCACAACGCUUCCGGAUCUCAUUAUGAAAAUUCACAGCAGAGACCUGUGUCUUCUUCGAGCAACUCCAGCACAGACUCUAAGGAUGCUGUUGUAAACAACUCCCCUGAGAAAGAAGCAUGGCCCUUGGUCCUUGGCAGUGAUCCCGAGUUGGCUUCAGAAUGUAUGGAUGCUGAUUCUGCCUCCAGUACUGAAUCAGAAAGAAACAUCACUAUCAUGGCUUCAGGGAGCACAGGUGGUGAGAAAGAUGUCCUUCGAAACAGCACUGGACUUGGUUCCCAAAACAAGUUUGUGGUUGGCGGCAGCAGCAAUAGUUUGGGUCGUGGAAGUAGUACUGGGCCCUGGGGCUUCUCCCAUGGAGCCGUAAUAAGCACAUGUCAGGUCUCUGUGGAUGCUCCUGAAAGCAAGUCAGAAAGUAGCAACAAUAGAGUGAAUGCUUGGGGCACUGUAAGCUCUUCAUCAAAUGGAGGGGUAAAUCCAAGCACUUUGACUUCAGCUAGCAACCAUGGUGCCUGGCCAGUAUUAGAGAACAACGGACUUGCCCUAAAAGGGCCUGUAGGGAGUAGUAGUCCUGGCAUCAAUAUUCAGUGCAGUACCAUAGGCCAGAUGCCUAACAAUCAGAGUAUUAACUCUAAAGUGGGUGGUUCUUCUACCCAUGGUACCUGGGGAAGCCUUCAGGAAACUUGUGAAUCCGAAGUAAGUGGUACACAGAAGAUUUCAUUCAGUGGUCAACCUCAGAAUAUCACCACUGAAAUGACUGGACCAAAUAACACUACUAACUUUAUGACCUCUAGUUUACCAAACUCCGGUUCAGUACAGAAUAAUGAGCUGCCCAGUAACUCGGGGGCCUGGCGUGUGAGCACAAUGAACCAUCCUCAGAUACAGGUUCCAUCGGUUAUGAAUGGCACUUCCCUUCCUCACCUUAGCAAUGGAGAGUCAAAAAGUGCAGGCUCUUAUGGUACUACCUGGGGUGCCUAUGGUUCUAACUACUCUGGAGACAAAUGUGCAAGCCCCGACGGCCAAGCUGAUGGUGACACUGUGAACACAACUCUGAUGCAGCCUGGCAUGAAUGGGCCUGUGGGCACGAACUUUCCAGUCAACUCAAAUAAAGGAGGAGGCCUGUGGGAGUCUGGGGCCACAAAUUCCCAGAGUGCAUCCUGGGGAAGUGGAAAUGGUGCAAACUUGGGAGGAAGUCGAAGAGGAUGGGGAACUCCUGCACAAAACACUGGCACUAAUGUACCCAGCGUGGAGUGGAGCAAACUGCCUGGCAAUCAGCAUUCCAGUGACAGUGCAAACGGCAAUGGUAAGAAGUUUACAAACGGAUGGAAUUCUACUGAGGAAGAGGAUCAGGGUUCUGCCACAUCUCAGACAAAUGAGCAAAACAGCAUGUGGGCCAAAACAGGAGGUACAGUGGACAGUGAAGGUAGUACAGAGAGCACUGGACGCCUCGAAGAAAAAGUAACUGGGGAGACUCAGAGUAGAGACAGAAGAAGAAUUGAUCAGCACACAUUACUCCAAAGCAUUGUUAACAGAACUGACUUAGAUCCACGUGUCCUAUCCAACUCUGGUUGGGGACAGACUCCUAUUAAGCAGAAUACUGCCUGGGAUACUGAGACAUCACCUAGAGGGGAAAGAAAGACUGACAAUGGGACAGAGGCUUGGGGAAGCUCUGCAACACAGACUUUUAACUCAGGGGCAUGUAUAGACAAGACUAGCCCUAACAGUAAUGAUACCUCAUCUGUAUCGGGGUGGGGAGAUCCCAAGCCUGCUCUGAGGUGGGGAGAUUCCAAAGGCUCAAACUGCCAGGGGGGGUGGGAAGAUGAUUCUGCUGCUACAGGAAUGGUCAAGAGCAAUCAGUGGGGGCAUUGCAAAGACGAGAAGCCCAUGUGGAAUGAUUCACAAAAGAACAAACAGGGCUGGGGCGAGGGACAGAAGUCACACCAAGGGUGGUCUGUUUCCGCCAGUGAUAACUGGGGAGACACAUCAAGGAGUAACCAUUGGGGGGAGGCUAAUAAGAAAUCUAGCUCAGGAGGUAGUGACAGUGACAGGUCUGUUUCUGGUUGGAAUGAACUUGGUAAAACUAGUUCUUUUACUUGGGGAAAUAAUAUAAAUCCAAAUAAUUCAUCAGGAUGGGAUGAAUCUUCUAAAUCUAACUCUUCCCAGGGGUGGGGAGAUCCUCCAAAGUCUAGUCAGUCGCUGGGUUGGGGAGAUUCGGCAAAACCAGUCAGCUCUCCAGACUGGAACAAGCAACCAGAUAUUGUUGGGUCUUGGGGAGUCCCUCCGGCUCCAGGCAAACCCUCUGGUACAGGCUGGCUGGGCGGACCUAUUCCAGCCCCAGCAAAAGAAGAAGAACCCACAGGCUGGGAGGAACCAUCCCCGGAGUCCAUACGGCGCAAAAUGGACAUUGAUGACGGAACCUCAGCGUGGGGAGAUCCCAACAAAUACAACUAUAAGAAUGUGAACAUGUGGAACAAAAAUGUCCCGAAUGGCAGCAGCCGCUCAGACCAGCAAGCACAGGUGCACCAGCUGCUGCCGUCUGCAAGUGCCAUCUCCACCCCAGAGGCAGGCGGCUCCGGCUGGGGUGAGCCCUGGGGGGAGCCUUCUACUCCAGCCACAACUGUGGAUAAUGGUACUUCAGCAUGGGGUAAACCCAUAGACAGUGGUCCCAGCUGGGGGGAACCCAUUGCUGUGGCAUCCAACACUUCCACGUGGGGCUCCAGCUCUGUUGGUCCACAAGCGUUAAGCAAAUCUGGACCAAAAUCUAUGCAAGAUGGCUGGUGUGGUGAUGAUAUGCCAUUGCCUGGAAAUCGCCCCACUGGCUGGGAAGAGGAAGAGGACGUGGAGAUUGGAAUGUGGAAUAGUAAUUCAUCUCAAGAGCUUAACUCGUCUUUAAAUUGGCCACCAUAUACAAAGAAAAUGUCAUCGAAGGGUCUGAGUGGCAAAAAAAGGAGAAGGGAAAGGGGAAUGAUGAAGGGUGGAAACAAACAAGAAGAAGCAUGGAUAAAUCCAUUUGUUAAACAGUUUUCAAAUAUCAGUUUUUCGAGAGACUCACCAGAAGAAAAUGUGCAGAGCAAUAAGAUGGACCUUCCUGGAGGAAUGUUACAAGACAAACGAAUGGAGAUAGAUAAACAUAGCCUAAAUAUUGGUGAUUACAAUCGAACGGUCGGGAAAGGCCCUGGUUCUCGGCCUCAGAUGCCCAAAGAGUCUUCCAUGGAGCGCAGCCCUUACUUUGAUAAGGAUGGCAUUGUAGCAGAUGAAUCCCAAAACUUGCAGUUUAUGUCCAGUCAGAGCAUGAAGCUUCCCCCUUCAAAUAGUGCACUACCUAACCAGGCCCUCGGCUCCAUAGCAGGGCUGGGUAUGCAAAACUUGAAUUCUGUUAGACAGAAUGGCAAUCCCAGUAUGUUUGGUGUUGGAAACACAGCAGCACAACCCCGGGGCCUGCAGCAGCCUCCAGCACAACCUCUCAGUUCAUCUCAGCCUAAUCUCCGUGCUCAAGUGCCUCCUCCAUUACUCUCCCCUCAGGUUCCAGUUUCAUUGCUGAAGUAUGCACCAAACAACGGUGGCCUGAAUCCGCUCUUUGGCCCUCAACAGGUAGCCAUGCUGAACCAGCUCUCCCAACUCAACCAGCUUUCUCAGAUCUCCCAGUUACAGCGAUUUUUAGCACAGCAGCAAAGGACGCAGAGUCAGAGAAGCGUGCCUUCUGGGAACCGGCAGCAGCAAGACCAGCAGGGUCGACCUCUUAGUGUGCAGCAGCAGAUGAUGCAACAGUCUCGCCAACUUGACCCAAACCUGUUGGUGAAGCAGCAGACACCGCCAUCUCAGCAGCAGUCACUCCAUCAGCCAGCCAUGAAAUCUUUCCUUGAAAAUGUCCUGCCUCACACUACACCUGAGCUGCAAAAAGGGCCAUCUCCAGUAAAUGCUUUCAGCAACUUCCCUAUAGGCUUGAACUCAAACUUGAAUGUAAAUAUGGAUAUGAACAGUAUUAAAGAGCCACAGUCAAGACUAAGGAAGUGGACUACAGUGGACAGCAUUUCUGUGAACACAUCUUUGGAUCAAAACUCCAGCAAACAUGCAGUCGACCACUGUUUGGGUCCGGGAGAUAUUCUUGAGUUCUUCCUUGCUCUCACCACCAUAUCCAGUCCACCUGUGACGAGUGCCCGUUCCACUGUCUCCGACGUCAGCCACUUCCCUGCACACCUGCCUUCCGGGGUCCCGAAACAUAGCCCCGGUCUCACUUCUCUUACAACGCUUCAAGGCGAGGUCCUCCUUGCUGUGUCCGACCGAGUCCUGCGUGAGCAUGCUGCCCCCGGUGCCUUCCAGGACCGCCGUCUAAGCGGUGCUAUUUCAAGUGGUUUCAGGCUGGAAGAGUCUCCGUUUGUUCCUUAUGACUUCAUGAACAGCAGUACUUCGCCAGCCAGCCCUCCAGGCUCAGUGGGAGAUGGCUGGCCACGUGCCAAAUCGCCCAAUGGCUCUAGCAGUGUUAACUGGCCACCAGAAUUCCGCCCUGGUGAACCAUGGAAAGGUUAUCCAAACAUUGACCCAGAAACUGACCCUUACGUCACUCCUGGCAGUGUCAUAAACAAUCUUUCAAUUAACACUGUGCGGGAAGUUGACCACCUCAGGGACAGGAACAGUGGGUCAUCCUCAUCCUUGAACACCACGCUGCCUUCAACUAGUGCCUGGUCAUCCAUUCGUGCCUCCAACUACAACGUUCCCCUCAGCAGUACAGCACAAAGCACUUCAGCCAGAAAUAGCGAUUCCAAAUUGACGUGGUCUCCGGGGUCAGUCACAAACACCUCUCUGGCCCAUGAGCUGUGGAAGGUCCCUUUGCCACCUAAAAACAUCACUGCUCCAUCCCGCCCGCCUCCAGGGCUCACUGGUCAGAAGCCUCCCUUGUCUACGUGGGAUAAUUCUCCUCUGCGUGUAGGUGGAGGAUGGGGAAAUUCUGACGCCAGGUAUACCCCAGGGUCCAGCUGGGGUGAGAGCAGCUCAGGGAGAAUAACAAAUUGGCUUGUUCUAAAAAACCUUACACCUCAGAUCGACGGCUCGACUCUGCGCACCCUGUGCAUGCAGCAUGGCCCCCUGAUAACAUUCCACCUGAACCUCCCGCACGGAAACGCUUUGGUCCGCUACAGCUCGAAGGAAGAGGUAGUGAAGGCACAGAAGUCUCUGCACAUGUGUGUGCUGGGGAACACUACUAUUCUCGCUGAGUUUGCCAGUGAAGAGGAGAUCAGUCGUUUCUUUGCACAAAGUCAGUCUCUGACCCCUUCCCCUGGCUGGCAGUCCCUCGGGUCCAGCCAGAACCGGCUGGGCUCCCUCGACUGUUCCCACCCGUUCUCCAGCCGGACUGAUCUCAGUCACUGGAAUGGUGCUGGGCUGGCGGGGACUAACUGUGGAGACCUCCAUGGCACUUCCCUCUGGGGGACCCCCCACUAUUCCACAAGCCUGUGGGGCCCUCCAAGCAGCAGUGACCCCCGAGGAAUGAGCAGCCCAUCCCCCAUCAAUGCUUUUCUUUCUGUUGACCACCUCAGUGGGGGUGGAGAAUCCAUGUGACAGGUAGAGGUAGACUCGUGACCGUGACUGCAACCUCAAGAUGCAAAGGAAAGGGGCACUAAGUUGAGCUCGCCGCCUGCAGCCGGGGCGCCUGUGGGAACAGCUCUUCUCUGCACAUUUUCCACUUUGUUUUCCCCGAAACAUAUCAGUUGAAUACUUGAAUCAUGCAGGCCAAUACUAUAAUGUGAAGGUGUCUCUCGUUACACUCCCACUGGCGCCAUGCGUGCUGACCGCGUAGUGAGCUCACCUGUGCGAAUUCAUCAUGUUUAGCCUUUGGGUUCUUUUUUUUUUUUUUUCCCCUAUUCCCACACCCCCACCCUUAUUUUUUUUUUUUCCAAAACCAUUGUUUGGGCUGAUAACGUAUGAGCUUUUACCUUUGCACUGAAUGAUGUUCUCUCCGUCUAAUCGGCAAUAUGGGGGGGCAGCUGUUCCGUGUGAUGUUUACUCAAGGAUGUCCUUAAGGUGUGCGCUCUCCACUAUGCCUUGACGUCCGCUACCUUACUGUGUGUCGUGGAGUUGGAGAUCACGUUAUGAUGCUGACUUAGGACGAUAAUGAAAGUGUUGCACCCGUUUCUUCAUGUUCUAAAACUAAAGAAUUUCGCUCUGCAGUUUGAAAAACUGUGGCCACAGCUGUGACUUGCAGCCCGCCUGCACCGGGGGGCCCUGCACUUUGAAUGGGCUUUCCAUUUUCUUUUGAAGGCUCUCACGUUGACCUUCUUGUUUACAGAUUUUUUUGUUUGUUUUUUGAGAAAAAAAAAAUGUUUACUCUUCCAUCAUUAAAAAAAAAAUUUAAAAGACAAAAAAAAAAAGAGGAGGAUUUAAAAGAUGCUUUCUAUCUCUGGGAAAAGGAGCAGCAUUUGGCCAUGUUCUUGUUUUCUAUUCCUGUCCUAAAUCAGAGAGCAUGGUUCUCAGGAAAACCGGGUCCCCAGUCAAACAAAAACAAAACCUUGUAGUUUCUUAUAGGAAAAAAGGAAACCCCCAAGUUUUAGCACUGAUACUAUGUAUUGCUCUGUUAAAGAAUUUUCUCUGCCAAAAAAAAACACAAAAAACAAAAAAACGCUUCAAGCUGGAGUUUGACGUUCUGCUUCAGAUGCUGUCUUUUUAUUAGUGUGAUGAUGGUUUGCUAAUGAUCAGUAGGGAAUCAUUUUUGUAAUUCCAUCAAGUGGCUCUGUUUCUGCUGUCGUGACUGUGUUAUGUCUAAUGUUGUACCUUAAAGCCGAAAUCAGUAACUAUGCAUCCUGUAAGCACGGUGUUGGGCUUACAGCGUCGUUCAUUGUAGAAAGGAAAUUUUAAAUGUUGUUGCAAACUAACGAGUUACACCAUUUUUACAGUUUCUUUCUCUCCUCCCCCCUUUUUUGCCCACAAAUGGUAUUAUAAUGCUUGCUUAGUCAAAGGAGAGACUAAACAAGGGUAAAAAUUUUAACACACAGAAUUUGCCAUCAUUUCAUUGCCUUGAUUCUAACUGUUUGUGUCCUAUGAUGCAAAAGAAGUCAGUGGCUUUUAACUGUUUACAAAUAGAAUGUGAUUGUAAAAUGUACAGUUUGGUUGUGUUUAAUUAUGAAAUUUCUUCAGAUAUAAUAAACCAUGACUUUUUGGCUGCUCAACAUCAA